UUUAUUUCUUUCAAUUUUGUGGGUACAUGUCCUACAAAGUAUCUAAUUUGGUGUUAGGGCUAAACUCAAUAGAUAGCAUUUGGGCAAUAAAAUGGUUAUAAUUUAUCCCCAAAAUUUUCAAAGCUUUAGCCAGGAGCAUAACAUAACAAGCAUAGCCAUCUGCAGCAGUGGAAAAAGGCAGAAACCGAAAUGCAAUGUGCUUCCAUUUUAUAUCCUCAAAUACAUAAAAUAUGGUGUUUUAAGCCAAGCCUUUCGGUCACUCCACCGCCCCAACAGCAGCAACAAGAAGAAGAAGGAACCUCUCUCGACGACAAACCCAAGCUCAUAACUAGUGCUUCUAACCCAUUUGUGAAGCACUGCGUCAAGCUUCGCAUCUCCUCUUCCUAUCGCCGUACUCACGCUUCUGCUCUCGUUGUCGGUGCUACCCCUAUCAGAGAAAUCUGCAGGUUUCAAGAGUCAUUACAAGAUGAAAGUGUUUCAAUGGAUUGUUUAAUUCUUCCUGACAAAGCUGAGAUUCCUGAUGGGUUGGAUAAAUCCACUGCUUCUAUUGUGCGUGUGACCUCCACAGUGAUGAGAAAGCUUUCAGGGCUGCAAACUACUGACUCUCUAGAUGCAAUUGCUCUUGUGAAAAUUCCUGCCAGUUUUUUCAAUGUUGAUGAUGAUCAAAAGAACUACCAGAAAUGGUUUCCAUCUGUUCAUCGGAUAUUAGUCCUUGAUGGGAUUCAGGAUCCUGGCAACCUUGGUACAUUGCUCAGAUCAGCUGUGGCCUUCAGAUGGGAUGGAGUUUUCCUUCUUCCCGGCUGCUGUGAUCCAUUCAAUGAGAAAGCUCUUCGGGCUAGCCGAGGUGCCUCCUUUCAGAUCCCUGUUGUUUCUGGCAGCUGGAAUCACGUGGAGUCUCUCAAAGAAGAAUUUGAAAUGAAGUUGCUGGCUGGGCACCCAGAGCUUGGAGAGUUGCUAAAGCCAGUGUGCUCUCUCUCUCAAACCUUGUGUGAUUCCUUAUCAGAUACACCAUUGUGUUUGGUUUUAGGAAGUGAAGGAAGUGGCCUUUCAGAAAAAUCCCUGCAGGCUUGUGAACUUGUGAGCAUUGCUAUGGCCGGAGAAUACGAGUCGCUCAAUGUCUCAGUUGCAGGUGGAAUUUUCUUGUACAUGCUACAACCAAAGAAUCGAUGAUUUUGUAUUUAUUGUCUCAUUUAAGUUCAUCAUAAGCUUCAUCGUCUUAUGCUGAUUGCAAAUUUUCUCCUUUUUUUUCAUCCCUUCUUAAAAUUAGAACUUAAAUGUCAUUUAAGUUAUGAAAUGAGCUCAUAUUGAAUUUGAUCUCUUCAA